AUGUCUGUCCCCCGCCCGACCACCACAGACGGGGCCGCCCCAGCCUCUAACCCGGACACCAGCACCCCCCGGGUAUCCGUACAAGGAUCUGUGCCGCCCUCAGUGUCCCCCCGAUUUUCCCGACAAGAGUCCGCCCCACCCUCAGUACCCGGCUCCACCCGGGUAUCAGUAACAGGAACUCCUACACCCAGGAACUCCCUCCGAGGGUCGGUACAAAGAUCCAUCGCGCCCUCGGUGCCCAGCUUCCUCAGAAUAUGCGCACCAGCACCUCCACCACCCAGUAACACUCCCCAAGUGUCAUUACCUGGGUUCACCCGGCCCUCAAUACCUGGCUACCCCUGGGGUUCGAUACAGGGGCUCCCUACACCCAAUAACUCCCCCCGACUGUCAGUACAAGAGUCCAGCCAGGCCUCCAAGCCCGACCCACCCCAGCUAUCUGCACCUAGAUCUGUCCCGCUCUUGAGCUCCUCCCUAGAGUCGGUGCAAGGGUCUGCCCAGCCCUCGGUAGUCAGCCUCCCUGAGAGUUUGGUACGAGGAUCUGUCCCGCUCUCGGACUCCUCCCGAGCGUCGAUACGAGGGUCCUCCCUGCCCUCAGUGGUCAGCACUCCCCGGAGUUCGAUACAAGCAUCUCUUACUCCCGUGAACUCCCGAGUAUCGACACAAGAGUCCACCCAACUCUCAGAACUAAGUUACCCCCGUACAUCGAUGGAAGGAUCGGCUCCGCCCCCGGCUUCCCCCGAAGUACCAGUGCCAGGGUGCGCUCCACCCUCAGCGCCGGGCUCCGCCCCGGUAUCGGUGGAGGAAUCGGCUCCGCCCUCGGACUCCCCCCGAGAGUCGGUAGAAAAGUCCGCUCCGCCCUCGGCCAGACCCACUUCUACACCCACGCCCCGGGAGAGCCUGAACCAGAGCAUGGAGAGUCAGGAGAAGGCGAAUAGCGCGGGCCACAUGUUCGACGUAGUCGUGAUAGGAGGCGGCAUCUCAGGAUUAUCUGCCGCCAAACUCUUAGCAGAACAUGGAAUUAAUGUUUUGGUUUUAGAAGCCCGGGACAGAGUUGGAGGAAGAACAUACACAGUGAGGAAUGAACAUGUCAAUUACGUAGAUGUUGGCGGGGCUUAUGUGGGACCGACUCAGAACAGAAUCCUACGGUUAUCUAAGGAAUUGGGUUUAGAAACUUAUAAAGUGAACGUAAAUGAGCGUCUUGUUCAAUAUGUCAAGGGGAGAACUUAUCCAUUCCGGGGUGCUUUUCCUCCAGUAUGGAAUCCCAUUGCCUAUCUGGAUUACAACAAUCUGUGGCGGACAAUGGAUAACAUGGGAAAGGAGAUUCCAGCUGAUGCACCGUGGGAGGCCCCACACGCGGAGGAGUGGGAUAAAAUGACCAUGAAAGAUCUCAUCGAAAAAAUCUGCUGGACAAAGACUGCCAGGCAGUUUGCAUCUCUCUUUGUGAAUAUCAACGUGACCUCUGAACCUCACGAGGUGUCUGCCCUGUGGUUCUUGUGGUAUGUGAAACAGUGUGGAGGCACCACUCGCAUAUUCUCCAUUACCAACGGGGGCCAGGAACGGAAGUUUGUAGGCGGAUCUGGUCAAGUAAGCGAACGGAUAAUGCAACUUCUCGGGGACAGAGUGAAGCUGAGAUGUCCUGUCACCUAUGUUGACCAGUCAGGUGACAACAUCAUCAUAGAGACGCUGAAUCAUGAAGUUUAUGAGUGCCAAUACGUAAUUAGUGCCAUCCCUCCAACUUUGACUGCCAAGAUACACUUCAGACCAGAGCUUCCAUCAGAGAGAAACCAGUUAAUCCAACGUCUUCCAAUGGGGGCUAUCAUUAAGUGCAUGAUGUAUUACAAGGAGGCCUUUUGGAAGAAAAAGGAUUACUGUGGCUGUAUGAUCAUCGAAGAUGAGGAAGCUCCAAUUUCAAUAACCCUAGAUGACACCAAACCAGAUGGAUCGCUGCCCGCCAUCAUGGGCUUCAUACUUGCUCGAAAAGCUGACCGCCUCGCUAAAGACCACAAAGAAAUAAGGAAGAGGAAAAUCUGUGAGCUGUACGCCAAAGUGCUAGGAUCCCAAGAAGCUUUACAACCUGUGCACUAUGAAGAGAAGAACUGGUGUGAGGAGCAGUACUCCGGCGGCUGCUACACUGCCUACUUCCCCCCUGGGAUCAUGACUCAGUAUGGAAGGGUGAUUCGUCAGCCUGUAGGCAGGAUUUACUUUGCCGGCACGGAGACUGCCACACAGUGGAGCGGUUACAUGGAAGGAGCAGUAGAAGCUGGGGAACGGGCAGCUAGAGAGGUCUUGAAUGCUUUAGGGCAGGUAGCAAAGAAAGACAUCUGGACCCAAGAACCUGAAUCAGAGGAUGUUCCAGCUGCAGAAAUCACCCGCACCUUCUGGGAAAGGAACCUGCCUUCAGUAACAGGCCUGCUGAAGAUCGUCGGAUUUUCCACCUCGAUAACUGCCCUCUGUUUCAUGGUGUACAAAUUCAGGCUGCUCUCCCGAUCUUGAAGUUUCGGCUUCAUGCUCUCUGCUUGCUCUUUCCCAGUGUCAUCAAAAGCAAAAUGUUGACCAAUGAAAGGCUAUGUCAUCGGAUCAUCUUUAAGUUCACUGAUUUAACACCUCAGUUUAAUCUCUCCUUAAUUUCUGUAAGAUCAAGCUCCAUCUGUGAUUUGUCUGUAGACCAGCUCAUGUUGAUUGGUAGAAAAUAACAUUGUGAUCAAUUUCUUAAUUUGAAGAAGUUAAAGUUGACGUGCUCAUAAGAAA